AUUCAAGGUUUUCUGUACAUCUCAUAAAUUGACUUCCAAAAGAGGAAUCUGCAGAUUCUGUUCGAUUCUAUCCCUGGACUGAACUCUUGAGUCAAGAGUGAUCCGUCAUGACCAGCUGUAUAGUUGACAACCCUAAACGUACCUUAACCCGUGUUUCUCUUGCCGGCAGAUGCUAUAAGAGACUAUCAUUUCCAUGGUGUGUUAAGCCCUUCUUCUUAGAAAGUGAAAAACAAGAUUGUCGCCGAUCAAGAAUGGAGCAACAGGAUGACGACUCUGGAAUUUCACUCUCUCAUCAGCCCAAGAAGCUUGACCCUGACAGUCAGAACAUCGAAAAUUCUGAUGAAGUGAAUGAUUCUCCAAUCGAGGAAGUGAGAUUGACUGUUUCGAUUGAGGACAAUCCGACCUUGCCCUGCUUGACAUUCCGAACAUGGGUUCUGGGAAUAACCGCGUGCGCAACUCUGGCUUUUUUAAAUCAGUUCUUCUCCUACCGCCAAAACUCGCUCAGUUUGUCAUCGACUUCUGCUCAGAUUGUGGUACUUCCUCUGGGAAAAAUUAUGGCAGCAGUUCUACCGAAGAAAGCAGUUCGCGUCCCAGGAACAAAAUGGUCGUUCUCGUUGAAUCCAGGACCCUUCAACUUGAAAGAACAUGUCCUGAUAACCAUAUUUGCGAACUCGGGCUCGGGCGGCGUGUACGCCGUCAACAUCAUUACCAUUGUCAUGGCCUUCUAUCGCCGUCAUAUUCAUCCUCUAGCUGCUAUAUUGCUGACACUGACUACACAGAUGCUUGGAUAUGGAUGGGCAGGGAUUUUCCGGAAGUUCCUUGUUGAUUCGCCAUACAUGUGGUGGCCAGCGAACCUGGUCCAGGUCUCUCUCUUCAGGGCACUGCACGAGGAGGAGGUCAGGCCCAAAAGAGGAUUGACGAGGCUGCAGUUCUUCCUCGUAGUCCUCAUAUCGAGUUUUGCGUACUAUGUUGUUCCAAACUAUAUGUUUCCAUCCAUAACUGCCCUAUCCUUUGUAUGUUGGAUAUGGAAGCACUCAGUCACAGCGCAACAAAUUGGGUCUGGACGUCAUGGUCUUGGUAUUGGCUCCUUUGCCCUGGAUUGGGCUACUGUUGCUUCCUUCAAUGGAUCUCCUUUAGCCACCCCCGGGUUUGCAAUUAUAAACAUAAGCAUCGGUUUCUUCCUCGUGAUUUAUGUGCUAAUCCCGAUUGCAUACUGGACCAAUGCAUUUGAAGCCAAGCGGUUCCCCAUUAUCUCGUCACACGUGUUUGAUGCCAACGGAGGCAAAUACAACGUCGGAUUAGUCCUGAAUGAGACGAACUUCCAGUUCAAUCAGCAGGGAUAUGAUGACUACAGUAAAAUUCACCUGAGUAUAUUCUUCGCUUUUGCUUAUGGAUUGAGCUUUGCAACUUUGGCAGCUACGGUAUCUCAUGUUGCUCUCUUCCAUGGCAGGAAUAUUUGGCAACAAACAAAGGCAGCUUUUCAAGAUAAGUUCGAUGAUGUCCAUACCAGACUGAUGAAGAAGAACUAUGAUGCUGUCCCACAAUGGUGGUUCUACUCACUGAUGCUGAUAAUGAUCGGACUCGCCAUGCUUGCUUGUGAAGGAUUUGGCGGACAGCUUCAACUUCCAUACUGGGGAGUCCUCCUAGCAAUCGGUAUAGCUCUCUUCUUCACAUUGCCAAUUGGAGUAAUCACGGCCACCACAAACCAGCAACCCGGAUUGAAUGUCAUCACGGAGCUGAUAAUCGGUUACAUAUAUCCUGGAAAGCCUCUGGCGAAUGUGGCAUUCAAGACAUAUGGUUAUAUAAGCAUGGUGCAGGCGAUAACUUUUCUCUCAGACUUUAAGUUGGGCCAUUACAUGAAAAUCCCACCAAAGUCCAUGUUCCUUGUUCAGCUGGUGUCAACAGUAGUUGCAUCUUCAGUCUACUUUGGCACAGCCUGGUGGCUCCUCACAUCAGUGGAAAACAUCUGUGAUCCAGCCAACUUGCCUGUGGGAAGCCCGUGGACGUGCCCUGGGGAUGACGUAUUUUACAAUGCUUCCAUCAUUUGGGGUGUGGUCGGACCACUCAGGAUGUUCAGCAGCCUAGGAGUAUAUGCAAAGAUGAACUAUUUCUUUCUCAUCGGAAUUCUCGCUCCAGUCCCAGUCUGGAUCCUCUCUCGAAUGUUUCCCGAGAAGAAAUGGAUAAGGCUCAUCAACAUGCCUAUCAUCAUAAGUGGCGCGGGGAGUAUUCUACCGGGAUCGACGGUGAACUACAUGUGUUGGAUAACUGUCGGAGUUUUCUUCAACAUAUAUGUGUAUAGGAGGUACAAAAGUUGGUGGGCAAGGCACAACUACAUAUUGUCUGCAGGGCUCGAUGCCGGUGUCGCCUUCAUGGCCAUUCUUUGCUAUUACACAUUGCAGAUUAGGGACAUUAAUGGGGUGAGGUGGUGGGGACUGGCUUUGGAUGAUCACUGCCCUCUCGCUAGUUGUCCUACCGCUCCGGGCAUUAAGGUUGGAGAUUGCCCUGUUUUUCAUUGAUCGAAGGACAUCUUAAGUUCUUCCCAGAUAUGCAAUGUCAAGGAAAAACAGAUCUGUACUACUCACUACUUGCUCACUUUAUAGCGAUAGAUGUAGUGUCAUAUCUAAAAGUGGAAAAGAAGAAAACGAAGUAGAACUUGUAGCGAGGAUAGAGCUUUCGCCAUUAGUUUUACUACAGCCAUUAAUUUAAUGAACCAAUCAGCAUUGUAAUAACAAGUUAACAACCAUGGUGAAAAGAAGACACAUGCUUCUGCUGACAUUAUCAUAAUAUCAGUGAGCUACAUCGUAGAACCUUUACACCUUGCCAAUCUUGCAGUAAUCUUAGCUGCUAAUUCAACAUUGGUC